AUGAGCGGCUCCCAGGAGCAGCCCGGCGCCGCCAAGGGGGAGGCAGGCGAGGAGGAAGUCGCCGGGGCCGAGCAGGACUGGGAAGCGGCCAAGGCUGCCUACGAGAGCUUCACCAGCCUCAGGAGACCCCGGCCUCCCAAGCCCCAAAAUGCCAUCACCAUUGCGGUGUCCUCCCGGGUUCUCUUCGACAUGGUGGAAGAGAGGAAGAUCUACGAGGAACAAGGGGUGGAAAAGUACGUGGAGUACCAACAGGCGAAUGAGAACCUCACGCUGAAGCCUGGGCCGGCUUUUUCCUUUGUGAAGGCACUGGAGCACGUCAACGCCCGGCUCCGUGAGCUUUAUCCAGAGGACGAAGACCUGUUUGAUAUUGUGCUGAUGACGAAUAACCAUGCCCAAGUAGGUGUGAGACUGAUCAACAGCAUUAACCACUAUGGUCUGUUAAUCGAACGGUUCUGUAUGACUGGAGGGAAGAGUCCUGUUGGUUACCUGAAGGCAUACCUCACAAAUCUGUACCUUUCUGCUGACUCUGAAAAGGUUCAAGAAGCCAUAGAAGCAGGGAUCGCUGCUGCCACAUUGUUUACAGGGAAUAAAAACGUUCCUCACGACGAUAAGCAGCUCCGAGUAGCCUUUGACGGAGAUGCAGUUCUGUUUUCUGACGAAUCCGAAAUCAUUGUGAAAGAGCAUGGCCUGGACAGGUUUUUUGAGCAUGAGAAGAUGAACGAGAAUAAGCCCCUGGCGCAGGGUCCUUUGAAAGGUUUCCUGGAAGAUCUGGGAAGGCUACAGAAGAAGUUCCACACAAAGAACGAGCGCUUGGAUUCCCCAAUCAGGACUUUCCUGGUGACGGCCAGAAGUGCCGCCAGUUCUGGCGCAAGAGUGCUCAAGACCCUCCGCAGCUGGGGGGUGCAGAUCGAUGAAGCCCUCUUCCUCGCCGGGGCACCCAAGGGCCCAGUCCUAGCAAAAAUCAGUCCGCACAUUUUUUUUGAUGAUCAGAUGUUUCACAUAGAGGGAGCGCGGCAGAUGGGUACUGUCGCCGCACACGUGCCAUAUGGCAUUGGGCAGAAGUACCACAAAUCCAAAGUCAGAGAUAGCCUUGCCCCAAAAUAG